CGGGCAGCCGCGUGUGCGUUACAGCCGCGCUCGCGGCGCAGGAGGAGGAGGGACGCGCCGAGGAAGGGAAGGAGGAGCGGCCAGCGGUGGCCACGACCGCCACCACCAGGCAGAGGAAGAGUUCGUGAGAAGGCAAAGACCCCCUCCCACUGCGAGCGCCUUCCAUCUGCUUUUGGAGAAAGGGAAUACAAUGUAAAGAAGGAGACGGAAAGAAGGGAAGUGAGGGAGAGACGGAGGAAAAAGGGCGUGCGCAGAAAGGGCGCCGAGGAGCCCAGGGCCGGGGGGCGGCACUGGCGAGCCGGGAGCGCUGCUGCAGGGGCAGGUGCCGCGGCCACUGCCCGGAGGCGGCAUGUGACGCGCGGCCACAGCUGCCGGCGGGCGGAGCGCUCGGACUCCGGAGCGCACACCGCGGGGCAGGACGCCGGCGCGCGGAUCCCCGUUCGCCUGAUCGGUCCUCCGGGGCGGCGGCCGCGCUUCUGAGAAGGCUGGCGAUGAACCGAAGGGCGGCUUCGAGCAGGGGCGCACGAGCCUAAGGACAGUCGCUCCCUGAACGCUGACCCGGAGGAGACCGGGGCAGAGCGCACCAGACGGCCCCCUGGCACCGGGGAAACGCGGAGGACCUGCGGGGGACGGUCACCUGGAGCUCGGCUGCUAGAUCAAUAGUACUCGCACAUAUUCUGGUGAUGAGCUGCUCAGCGGACCGUGGAUUGAUUAGACUCUGUCCGUCCCCAUCAUGAUGAACAGAACCAAGGCUCUUCACUAAUUGAGCCAGUUGUUUGGGUUCUAUGGUAAAGGAAGACUCCAUUCUAGAUGCUGAGAAAACUCCAGAACAUCAGCACCAGAGAGGACGUCAGAGGAACCAGCUUUUGUGGUAGCACAGCACCUGCCCGCUCUCUGCAAGGAAAGCUUGGCCAGCAGUGUAGUCUUUGAUACUCUGAUGAUCCUGCCUGGAAUAGACUAUGUCAGAGAGUCACGAUGACCUUGCAGGAUAACAGUACAACCUCGCCUUUGUUUCCAAACAUCAGCUCUUCCUGGAUACACGGCCCCUUGGAGGCAGGGCUGCCCCCGGGAACAGUCACUCAUCUUGGCAGCUACAAUGUUUCUGGGGCAGCUGGGAAUUUCUCCUCUCCAAAUGGUACGGACAGUGACCCUCUGGGAGGUCAUACUGUCUGGCAAGUGGUCUUCAUUGCGUUCUUAACGGGCUUCCUGGCCUUGGUGACCAUCAUCGGCAACAUCCUGGUCAUAGUGUCAUUCAAGGUCAACAAGCAGCUGAAGACCGUCAACAACUACUUCCUCCUAAGCCUGGCCUGUGCUGACCUGAUCAUUGGGGUCAUUUCCAUGAAUCUGUUUACGACCUACAUCAUCAUGAACCGGUGGGCUUUGGGCAACUUGGCCUGUGACCUCUGGCUUGCCAUUGACUAUGUGGCCAGCAAUGCCUCCGUCAUGAAUCUUCUGGUCAUUAGCUUCGACAGGUACUUUUCCAUCACGAGGCCACUCACCUACCGAGCCAAAAGAACAACCAAAAGAGCAGGUGUGAUGAUUGGUCUGGCGUGGGUCAUCUCCUUUGUCCUCUGGGCUCCCGCCAUCCUAUUCUGGCAGUACUUUGUAGGGAAGAGAACUGUGCCCCCCGGGGAGUGUUUCAUUCAGUUCCUCACCGAGCCCACCAUUACAUUUGGCACAGCCAUUGCUGCUUUUUAUAUGCCUGUCACCAUUAUGACCAUUUUAUACUGGAGGAUCUAUAAGGAAACUGAGAAACGUACCAAAGAGCUUGCUGGGCUGCAGGCCUCUGGGACAGAAGCAGAGGCAGAAAACUUUGUCCACCCCACAGGCAGUUCUCGAAGCUGCAGCAGCUAUGAACUUCAACAGCAAAGCAUGAAACGCUCCAAAAGGAGGAAGCACGGCCGCUGCCACUUCUGGCUCACAACCAAGAGCUGGAAGCCCAGCGCCGAGCAGAUGGACCGAGACCACAGCAGCAGCGACAGCUGGGACAACAAUGACGCUGCUGCCUCCCUAGAGAACUCCGCCUCCUCCGAUGAGGAGGACAUUGGCUCAGAGACGAGAGCCAUCUACUCCAUCGUGCUCAAGCUUCCAGGUCACAGCACCAUCCUCAACUCCACCAAAUUGCCCUCGUCAGACAACCUGCAGGUGCCUGAGGAAGAGUUGGGCAUGGUGGACUUGGAGAAAAAAAACAACAAGCUGCAGGCCCAGAAGAGCAUGGAUGAUGGAGGCAACUUUCCCAAAAGCUUCUCCAAGCUUCCCAUCCAGCUAGAGUCAGCCGUGGACACAGCCAAGGCUUCGGAUGUCAACUCCUCAGUGGGGAAGACCACGGCCGCUCUACCUCUGUCCUUCAAGGAAGCCACUCUGGCCAAGAGGUUCACUCUCAAGACCAGAAGUCAGAUCACUAAGCGGAAAAGGAUGUCCCUCAUUAAGGAGAAGAAGGCAGCCCAGACCCUCAGCGCCAUCUUGCUUGCCUUCAUCAUCACCUGGACCCCCUACAACAUCAUGGUUCUGGUGAACACCUUUUGUGACAGUUGCAUACCCAAAACCUUUUGGAAUCUGGGCUACUGGCUGUGCUACAUCAACAGCACCGUGAACCCCGUGUGCUAUGCCCUGUGCAACAAAACUUUCAGAACCACUUUCAAGAUGCUGCUCCUCUGCCAGUGUGACAAAAAGAAGAGGCGCAAGCAACAGUACCAGCAGAGACAGUCGGUCAUUUUUCACAAGCGCGUGCCCGAGCAGGCCUUGUAGAAUGGGGUUUGAUCAGUAGCAGUGGCAAAGCGCACACUCCAAUCCACAAACCUUAGGAGGAGGAGGAGAGGAAGGUGAGGGUGGG